AUGGGUUUAUUAUCGUCACCAGGAACACCUCUUCAAUGGGAAGAGGCAAAACAGCAUGCACAUAAAGUUCGCGCUCUCGGGAUAAAUUAUUUCGUAUCUGUUUACAAGCAACUGAAAGAGAAAGAAAAUAAUUGUCUGAAGUGGGGCGACGAAGUUGAAUAUAUGGUUAUUGAGUAUGAUGAUGAAGCAAAGAAUGCAAAGUUAUCCUUAAGAAUUCACGAAAUCUUAGCAGAGUUACGAAAAGAGGAGGAAGAAGCAUUGAAAAUGCCUAAUUCCGAACAAACAGUCAAAACUUUAUGGAGGCCAGAGUACGGAAGAUACAUGCUCGAAGGCACACCGGGCACUCCUUAUGGUGGUACUUUGAAAAGUCUGCUUCAAACAGAACCAAAUAUGAAAUUGAGAAGAGAAAUUAUUUCAAAAUUUUUGAAGCCAAAUGAAGUAGCAAUUACUUUGACUAACUUUCCUCGUCUUGGUGCUUCAGGCCAAUUCUUGGAACCUAAUCAUGAGUCGGCAGGGAAUGCAGCGAGAAGUCUGUUUGUACCUGACGAAGUUAUUAACCCACACGUUAGAUUUCCGACUCUAACUGCCAAUAUUCGAGAACGUCGUGGAUCGAAAGUUGAUAUUAAUGUGCCAAUUUUUCGCGAUAAAUGUACACUCAACCCAUUCAUAGAUCCGACAAUUCCUCUAAAUCGAAAUUUAUUUCCCGAGGAUAAAGAAAGCGCAGCGUUACCAGAUCAUAUAUAUAUGGAUGCUAUGGUUUUUGGGAUGGGUUGCUGUUGUUUACAAAUUACUUUUCAAGCUUGCAACGUUGAAGAAGCCAGAAGGCUUUAUGAUCAACUGGCGGUAAUGGGUCCUAUUAUGUUAGCUUUAACUGCAUCUGCACCGAUCUGGCGUGGUUACCUUUCAGACAUAGAUUGCAGAUGGAAUGUAAUAGCCGGAAGCGUCGAUGAUCGUACAAGAGAAGAACGGGGUUUAGAGCCUCUCAAACAUGACCGUUUUGUGAUUAAUAAAUCGCGUUAUGAUUCGAUUGAUUGCUACAUAUCCACAGACAAGACUUUGAAACCAGAAUAUAAUGAUCUGGAUUUGGUAUAUGAUCGUGACAUUUGCAAAAAAUUGAUGGACAAUGGAGUUGAUGAAUUGUUGGCACGUCACAUAUCUCACCUAUUCAUUCGUGAUCCACUUGUUAUCUUCAAAGAACGGUUGGAACAUGAUGAUGGCGAUUAUUAUGACCACUUUGAAAAUAUUCAAUCUACAAACUGGCAAACUAUGCGCUUUAAGCCUCCACCACCAAAUUCAAAUAUUGGAUGGAGAGUCGAAUUUCGUAGUAUGGAGAUUCAAAUAACCGAUUUUGAAAAUGCUGCAUUUGCAAUCUUCAUUGUGGAUGAAAACAUGAAGAUUGCUCAUAAGCGAGAUGCAGCAAUGAGUGAAAAAUUCUGGUUCAGAAAAAAUGUGUUUGCGGAAGGUAAUAUAGUUAAUGAUGGUGACAACAUCCAAGAAAACGAGUCUCUAUCAAUACCUGAUGAAGAGGCAUCGAAUUAUUCAGAUAAUUCACGUCUAAAUGGGCAUGCAAAUACUAAUGAAUCGACAUUAUCCGUAGAGGAUGAAUAUGAACAAAUGACCAUCAACGAAAUUAUUAAUGGCAAUGGUGACAAAUUUCCGGGGUUAAAUGUUUUAAUAUGCAGAUAUCUUGAAUCAGUAAAUAUUGACAUUGAAACAAGAUGUCAAUUAGGAAAAUAUCUAGAAUUUGUUAGCAGGCGUGCAAAAGGAAAAAUUCAAACAACGGCAACAUGGAUAAGGAAUUUUGUACAAUCGCAUCCAAAAUAUAAUAAUGAUUCCAUUGUUUCACAAGAAAUCAAUUAUGAUCUUGUGAAAAUGGUUGAAAAAAUACAAAAUGGUCAAGUAGUUGUACCCGAAUUGUUAGAUUGCUUUAAA